CAGGAGGAGGACGGGCCGUGGCCAGAGAGAAGGUGAAGGAGCUGAGACAUGGCGGACAACCCAGCACCCCGUGCCAGACCCCUGAUGGACAUAGCCACCUUCAAGGACAACUUCGGUGAGAUAUGGAUGAAGCAAACAUACCUGUGCUACGAGGUGGAGGUCCUGGAGGGCAACACCUGGGCCCCAAUGGAGGAGCGCCAGGGCUUCCUGCGCAACCAGGGUGCGGACACACCCCCUGGUCAUGCAGAGUUGUGCUUCCUGGAUCUGUUCCCCUCUUGGGGCCUGGAUCGGGGGAAGCAGUACAGACUCACCUGGUACAUCUCCUGGAGCCCCUGCCCUGACUGUGCCCCGGAGCUGGUUAAAUUCCUGCGGGAGAACAGCCACGUGAGCCUGCGCAUCUUCGCUGCUCGCAUCUAUACCAAAGUCAGUGGAUUUGAUGAUGGGCUGCACAACCAGCACAUCUAUACCCUACCUGAUGGAUAUAAGCAUGGGCUGCGUGACCUGCGGAAAAAGGGGGCCCAGCUCGCCAUCAUGACCCUCAAAGAGCACCAGCACUGCUGGGAAACCUUCGUGGACAACCAGGGCCAGGCGUUCGAGCCCUGGCCUGAACUGGACAAACACAUACGAGCCCAUUCUCAGGAGCUGGAGAACAUUCUCAGGAAUCCGGAAAACUGAAGCGUGGACUUCCGUCUCUCUAAGCAGUCGGGGUUCUUCUGCUGAACGACAAAUAAGACACUUUCUUCAAGAAGUGAAAACGCAUCACGUGCCGCAUCUCCAACUUGAUCCACAGAAACCAGCAGAAGGCAACCAAUGGGCUGCUAAAUAUUCUUAAAAAUCUGAUCGAUUUACUUUUCAUUUAAAAUCAGUGAUGUGUUCCAAAUACACACCAGUAACACUCUAUUCGUUACUGUCAGAAUCAGUUUUUACUUUUAGGGAAAUAAUGAAUUUUUAUUGAUUUUAAAUCCAAAGCAAUAACAUGAGAGAUUAAGAAUCUUCCACAAAAUGUCUUUCCUCUGUAAGUGUAUCAUGAAGUCCAAACAGUUCAAUAAACACCGGCAAAG